AUGGCCAAUUGUGAGGAAACCUCAGCUCUAGAACUCAUCCGCCAACACCUUUUAAACGACUUUUCACUCGCAGAGAGCUUUAGCUUCAUCGCUGACCUUAAUUUUCUCAAUUCCUCCAAUACCCAUUGCGGUCAAACUUGCAGUAGUCCUGAAUCUUCAGCUUCAGAUGCAACUCACCAAAUCUUCGGCUACGAAUUCAACACCAUGACUAGUCCCACCGAAAAUAUGCCCAACCCCUUCGAUUUCGAGGCUAACCCACAAAUCAUCAGCCCAAGGGCUUCCAAGUUGAGCGAACGCCGCCCGUUGAUUAACAUAUCGAUACCGCAGGGGAGAAAUAUUCAACCGGAGGAAAUUUGUGGGUUUUCCCAGGUGAGCUGCCGGAAAGUGUCGGAUUCCGGCGAGAGGCGGCACUACCGGGGGGUAAGGCGGCGGCCGUGGGGGAAGUUCGCUGCAGAGAUCCGGGACCCGAAGCGAAGGGGGUCCCGGGUCUGGCUUGGGACAUACGACACCGCAGUCGAGGCCGCGAAGGCAUACGAUCGAGCCGCGUUCAAUAUGCGAGGGAGCAAGGCGAUAGUGAAUUUUCCUCACGAGAUUGGAGCCUCGUCGGAAUCUGACCCUCCGGUAGGGACUUGCCGAAAGAGGCGGAGAGCGGCCAGGGGUGGGGGCGAAGAGAGGGCAAAGCCGAAGGGGAAGCAGUCGUCGGAAUCUGACGUGAAGACGGAGGAGGGAACGGCCUCGGACGCUUGUCCGUUAACGCCGUCAAGUUGGAGCGACGUUUGGGAAUCUGCUGAUGGAAAUGGGAUUUUUGACGACCUUCCUUUAUCGCCGUUAUCGACUCACUUUUCUCUGGGGUACCCGCAUCUGAUGGUGAUUUGA